GGGGCCAGUUAUUUUUCAGGUUCUUACAUCUACUUUCUGGGGUGACCAUAGUAGGAAAGGCUGUGUAGUGAUGCUUUUAAGGAGAACUUUUGACUUAUUAUUUAGUAAUACAUCUGUGCUAGUGCUAUGGUAGUGAUGCUGUUGACUAACCUAAUUCUGUCUCCUUUAAAUUCAGUUAUAAGAGCUUCUAUGAGUCCUGGAAAACCAGAGGGAUCCUGCUUGAUUGUGAAGAGAGUUCAACAGAUGCUUUGGAUGGAGUUGAACCUCAGUACCCUUCAUGCAAAUCUUUGGGUGUGCCCAGUAGCAAAAAGAGUGAGCAUCUGUACUGUAAGAAGAGGUUGGAUCUGAUCAGGGGAAUUGCAUUACAGUCCUACCUAGCCAUUUUGGGCUCAAAAUAGAGGCAUGGAGGCUUCUGUUCCAUAGGGUCGUUGUUUCCUUCCGACUCAGUUGGAGGAGAGAAGAAUGAAGUGCUCUCUUCCCAUUAAUUCAGGACUGCAGCCUUGAUGUUCCUGCUCUGUGUGAAGUGUUGCUGGGCUCCACUUCCUCACCUGCAGUGGCUGAGCUCUGUGCAAUUCACAGUGAUGUGUGAAAAUAAGCUCAUCUGCUUAUUUACAAGUCACUCUGAUGUCUAUAUUGCAUGUCAGCUUCUAAAGCAUUUUGAGUCCAACAGUGUUUCUGAGCAGUGCCAGUGACCAGACACUGGACUUGGCAGCUCUCUGCAUGCUAAUCCUCCCAGAUCCAGGAGUGCAGAGGGGUAUUUGACUGCAGGGAGAAAAGAGGAUAACAAGAAUGUCACAACUGCAUCUGGAUUGUGCAGGUUAAAAGGUUUUUCCACUUCUUGUAUGGUGUCUUCUGUAGAGGAGGCCUUGUUUAAGAGUUGCUAAAGCAUAAGUGAAACAAGAAGGUAUUUUGUACUUGCAGUGCCUCAGCUAACAACCGUACUCUGUUUAAGAACAGCAAAUCCACAGACAAUAUGCAGACAAAGAAGUCAGUAACAGUGAAACCAUUGUCAAGAGUGUGGAGAAGAAUAAAUUCAUAAGGCACCCAAUGUGGCUUUGCUGCUAAAGAAUGAGACUGAACAUUGACUCGUAUGCAUUAGAAGUGUAAAACAUUUGUGUUACUGUGCUGCCUCUUCUCUGAUCUAGACCUUGGCUUUAUUGCUCGUUGCACCUGGUCUUGUGGUGUGCAGAAGCCCUUGCAACAGCCCUUUCUUCAGCAUGUAUGUGAAUAUUCUGCCUGGUGAUGCUACUGCCCAAAGUAGGUAAUUAAAGAUGAAAGACAAGUGGCCCAGGAAUGGAGACUGCAAAUCCCUGACCUGCAGUCCUCUGGAAGGGGAAGGACCUCCCUGGAGCUAGAAAUACUAAGGCAAAAGCUGUGCAAGGCACAGUGGGAGCUCAUGCUAUGUACAGGGUAUUUUCCCUGUGUGGGGUAUGGUAAAACCACUGCUGCUGCUAUGUGUAAGCUGAACUUUCCACAGAUACAUGCAAGCGCUCUGCAAAAUGGGGACUGUAAGUCAGAGAUGGUGCAAAAAUCACCUGGGGAAUUUAAUUCCUGCAUGUCAAAUUAUUUCCUGAUUUUUCUCACACUACUCCAUUGUCAAGUACAGAGAAAAUUAUGGAUGCUCAAUCCCUAGAAGAGUUCAAGACCUGGCUGGAUAAGGCUUUGGGCAGCUUGGUGUGGUGAAAGAUGUCCCUCCCCAUGACAGAGAGGUUGGAACUAGAUGAUCUUUAAGGUCUCUUUCAACCCAAAGCAUUCUACAAUCCUAUGAAAUAUCUCACCCAGGCAAAUGUUCACCUGUUUGAAGAGGCAGCAGUUAAGCAGAUGACUUGUGUGCAGGUGCAGUGAUGCCUGUAUGAGGCAAGCCCCUCCCAAGUCUGUGAGCUUUGUAGGGUGCUGCUUUGCACAUAUGUAAAGACACGCGACUUGGGAGAGACACCAAGAUGAGUGAAGUGACCAGAGGGUGCAAUGAGAUAUGCUGUAUUCGGGGGACUUUGACUCUGCUCAUCAUUCAGGGAACUUUGACUGUGCUGAUGCCAUUUUCAGCUGCAGGUACUGAAGUGGGAGAUUACGCAGAACCCAUCUAGUCCCCAGCAGCGGCGAAAUGCUGCAGUCUAUGGUGAAGAAGGCACAACGACAGUCAGGGUUAAGGAAUUUCUGCCAGCUGCUGGUGGCAGUGCUGGAAUCACCUUGCCCAUCUGCUGAUGGACGACGGGGGCUGGAUUGGGAACGGGAGGGCCUCCGGCUCAGCCUGACUGGGUGACCAGAGCCUGCCCCUCCGCACCCAGCACAAGGAGCGGGAGGGCCUCCUGUUCCCCGUAGGACCGGGCGGCUCCCGGUCCCACCCCCCGCCGCGGGGCGAUGUUGGGGCGGAGCGCAUUCCCGGGAUUAUAUCCACCCGUGAAGCGGGCGCCAGUGGCUCGUUUCGGGUCGCUCCCGGGAUGAUGAACAUGGAAGUGGACAUUGACCAGUCGGAGCUGCAGCCGCUGGGGGAGUAUGACUUCGAGAAGAACUUCAAUCACCUGGCAGCCAGGAAAUGGAUGGAAGAGAAUUGGCCAAAGUCUUUUCUUUUUUCUGCUAUUUAUUUCAUCCUGGUCUUCGGAAUCCAGCAUUUCAUGAAGGAACGGAGGCCCUUCAAUCUGCGUGCACCACUGACCCUGUGGUCCUUCAGCCUGACUGUGUUCAGUUUCAUUGCAGCCUGUAGGAUCUGGAAGCAGAUGGUCUUCCUCCUCCUUACCAAGGGAUUUAAGCAAUCAGUGUGUAGUAAAUCUUUCUACGUCCACCCUGUUUCCAAGCUUUGGAUAUAUCUAUUUGUAGUGAGCAAACUUGUCGAAAUGGGUGACACACUGUUCAUUGUUCUCCGGAAAAAGAAGCUCAUCUUCGUCCACUGGUACCACCACUUACUCACGAUGAUUUUAUGCUGGUAUGGCUAUAAGAAUAUGACAAUUGGUAUGGGGUGGAAUGCAGCCUUGAACCUCGUUAUCCAUACUAUGACGUACUUCUACUACUCUCUGACAGCCAUGGGCAUCCGAGUACCCCGUUCCAUUGCCAUGCUAGUCACCACUUCUCAGAUGGUGCAGAUGACAAUAUUUCUAAUAAUUAACAUCUUUGCCGCCUUCUGGAAGGAUGAUAAGCUCUGCGCAGGUUCCUGGACAAUGCUUUCCCUUUCAUCGGGCUUGUAUAUCACUUUAUUGGCCCUCUUCUCCAACUUCUUUAUGAAAACUUACCUGAGUAGCACCCAGAAAUCAAAGUGUAAUUAAAACCAAGGGAUGGAAGAAGAGAUUGGGAUGGAAGUGGGAAGAGAGGGAGAGGGAAAGGGGAAACUUUUUGCUUCUUUCUGGAGCCCAGGUGCCUGAUGGGAUGGGGGUGAUGGGGUUUAGGAAGAGAUCACUGUGGAUAACAGCCUUCAGAGUAACUUGUACGUUGGCCUUUGGUGUGUCUACUUUGCAGUGCGUGGCAUGCCAGAGUGAGGUGCAAGUUGUGGCAGGCUGGUAACAGGAGAAAGGGGAAGAGGCUAGGGGCUGGAAACCUUAGGGUUGUGGUUCUGCUUUUCUUUCUUCUUUGCAUCACUUGGGUUUGUCUUGUGCCUCAGUUCCUUCCUGGGAACUGAUAGAAUCCUGCAUGCACCAAGACUCUCCUUGGAGAAAAGGUAGGGAAAGUCCUCUCAAAGCAGCACUGCCCUCUCCUUGGUCCCCAGUUUUGGGGAAGAACAGAGCCCAAACCUGCUGCUACUCUGCAGGGAAGCCCUAAUAAAUUACUGGUGGGAACACCAGUACUGAAAUGGAAAAUUCCUGCUGUUUUUAAGGUUAUGUAGGGGGAGGAUCUGCCUGGGGCCUCACUUCUCCUCUGUCAUGCAAGGAACUGAAUCCCAUGAACUUUAAUGGCUGUUACCUGUGGUGUGCCUCUUGUACAAUAUUAAACAAUCUAUUUAACUUGAUUAUCUACAGCCUCAAACCCUAGAAGAUGAGUAGGGUCCAGCUCUGCCCUGCAGAGUGUGUCGGGCAUUGUCAAUGGUCUUCGCCCACGGCCAGUCUCAUGGGCUGGGGACAGAAGGGUCCCAGAGUCAUCUCAUCUCUGGGUGCAUCUGCCACUGGGUGAUGUGUUAAAACAACUAAUAAAUACUGUCAUGUAUGGGUUGAUUGAUUGUUUUCUUUGAUGUCUUUUUCAUACUUUACCUUUGUACAGAACUGUGAGAGGAGCG